CUGUCGUCGAACACAUCAUUCGCACGACCGUGAGGGCGAGACUUGUUCGACUUCUUCUGCGUUCGCUUUGCCCCAGCUGUUCUGUCCACCACCACGCGGCGCGAAGCACACCACGCAGACCAAGGAAACGGGUGUUUCCCACACGUGUGCCGCUUGCUGCUUGCUUGUGGUCGCCAACAACUUCUUGGCAGCCACAACAACAAACGCGAAAAUAGCGCAACUGGAAGUCGCAAGAAGAAGGCCUUGUUGCUGGUUGCUCCCUCGCUCUCUGGCUGGCUGACAGCAAGAUUAUCACGGAGGAAGGAGGAGGUGGACCAUCAUCAUGAUCACCUCACUGGUUGCUCUCCCAGUGGAGAUUGGUGCACGCGACGCCGAUAAGCUGCGCUGCCAGGUUCAGCACGCGAGUGGCUCCACGGUUCGCUCCCGCAUCCGCCUGGAGGCCGCGAAUCACAGCGCCACACAUGACGCGCUCAGGAUAUCCUUCGUUCCCGCCCAGUCGGGUCUCUUUCAAGCAGUCAUCCUCAUCAACGACAGGGAGGUUGACCCGGCCUAUGGGGUGUAUGUGUCUGAGAAGGAUGCAGCGUCCACCAAGACAGUAGCGCGCGUGCUCGAGCCUCUGCCAUCUUUGCCUGCAGGCAACCACGGGCCGGGCCGGGCGGUACGGGCCGACGUGGAUUCGCUGGCGUGCGAGAUGGCGGCGAUGGCGCCGGUGCAUGACUCGCAGCGGCGGCAGAAGAGCGGAAAGGAGCGCCGGAAAUCCCGCAGCAGGCGCCGAACCCGCGCUGAUGGUGACGACAAUGACGACAAUGACGACGACAAUGCUGGUGUUGGACACGAUAACGUGCCCGCUGUUCGGCGGGAGCGGGUGGAGACGUGGACGCGGGACCAGGCGCAGCUCAUCCACGCCGCACAGACCGCAAUCAAGCCCUCAAAGUCGGAGCGGCGGGCGAGCAGAGCAAAGGAGAAGGCGGCGGCCCGCGCCAACGCCAACGACCGGCUCAAGUGGCGCAAGUCGGCACCAGAGGACCUCGCCAUCCCGCGCUGCCAAUCAACCCCAUCGCGGCCUGUGAAGCGGUCGGCAGAUGCAUCUCCGACGCGCGCCAGCGCACUCGACCCGGGCACACAUGCCGCCACCGCCCACACCCAUCGCACUAAGACGAAGCUCGCGUCGCUGUGCUGCGCUACUGCUGAUGGUGUCGUGUACUGCCGCCGCGAUGCCAUUGCACUCGUGGGCGAAUCCGACGCCGCCGCCGUCCUCGCCAUUCUCCAGCACCCGAGAGCGGAUUCGCCGGCGGUGCGCGAUCCAAUUGUCGUGUCCUCCGCCCGAUUCAAAGACGUGAAGAAAAGCCUCAAGGCCUUUCGCGCCCUCCCCUCAUACGCACGAGGUGCGGCGAAGCUGCCGGACGCGCGCGUGCUGCUGUGCACGAUCAUGAUGAAGAAAACACGCCUAUCCCUGGAAACAGCCACCGUCCACGCUCACGUCGUCGACGUCAUCACCAACCAGGACAUCAAAUCCUCCGUGGUCAUUUCGGAGCACGAGUUUGUGCAGUCGAUGCUGGAACUCGUCAGCGACGCGUCUCGCUCCUCCCUCAAAAAGAAGUCGACGGCGGCGCGCAAAGCAAAGAAGCGCCAGUCUGUGGCGGAAGGCAUGUUUGGCAACAACUUUGCGGGGUCACCGCCAACCGCCAACGCUGCGCCGCUUCGCGCCUCAAAGAGCGCAGCGGACGUGUUCUCGGGCGACUCGCGUGCAGACGCGUGGAUGAUGUACUAAUUGCAUGUGUUCCGAAGACGCGACAGCAGCAGCAGUCCCAGCACCUUUCCACUGGUUACCACCACCACCACCACCAUCAUGGCCCUUUUACUCCUAUUUCUAGCUGCACCCCGGAACCCGUCUUGUUCUUUCACUAACUGCGAAUGUUAUGUAUGUUACACGCGACGGAACGCGACAACGCUGUUGCGUGUGUGUGUGUGUGUGUGUGUGUGUGUGUGUGUGUGUGUGUGUGUGUGUGUGUGUGUGUGUGUCUGUCUGUCUGUCUGUCUGUCUGUCUGUGUAUGUGUGUGCGUGUGUGUGCAUCUGUGUGUUGUUCGUGUGAACGUAAUGGACUGAAAUCAGUCUUGUGUCAUUUAAACAACCAACCGCCAACAAG